AUGGAUGAAAAGAAGGCUGAAAUGCCCUAUGACGUCCAGUGCUUGAUCUUCGAAGCAAUCGUGUGUCUCGAUGACGUGGAGACCCAGGAGGAUUGGAAGAAUAUCACAGGCGCGCGUUUGGUUUGCAAGGACUGGAACUGGUCCAUUAAGCGACAGCUGCUUCUCACAAAUACUCCUGCUGAUAAAAUCCUCAAGUUUGGCAGUGAAGGAAUCUGCCUUGACAAAUUGAGAGCUACUCUCCCUCUUGUUAUGGGGUAUGAGCUCAACUCAAAGCAUGAUUACGAUCUUGAUGCCGACAUGGAUGAUUACCCCGAGCUUGUUGAAGCCAAAAAGAGAAUCAUCACAGUCGGGCACUCUGUGUUUAGGUACAAAAUUAGACGACAACGUCGCCCAGUCACCUCUGGAACGCCAGAGGCAUGGAUGCAGGAGGCCACUAUCCGUGGACAAUCCACUCUGGUGAACUUGUCCACGGAGCAUGACCAGCUGGGUUCUCUCAACUUUCUUCACCGCUAUGGCGUCCACCAGGUCGAAUUCUACGGAAGGGGAGAGCAUCCGGUCGCUUUCGCCAUCCACAAGCAAAAAUUGGAAUUCGUCGACGCUUUGCUCAGUCUUGGGUUCAAAUCGGCCGUUUUGGUGCGUCCCCGCGAGUCUUCCGUCGAAUGGUUAACGCCAAUCACCCACGCCGUCCAAUUUGGGGACCACAAAUUGGCCUCCGUUCUGUUUCGCUACAUCAGUCCGAAUGAGGAAGAGGGUGUCAUUGGCUUGACUCCAUUGGUCAGGUCCAUUUUGAAAAACGAUAUGCGGAUGAUGAAGCUUCUCCUUGAUCAUGGGGCACACGUCAAUCCAGUUCACAACAAGACCAUUUUCCCACUCGGAGUAGCCGUGGCGAACAACAACGUCGAAGCGGUCGAGCUGCUGCUUGACCUUGGGGCGGAUAUUGAUAACACUGACGCUUAUUUCUACAAAGCCCUGGACUUUGCCAUUCGCAACAAUCUCGAAAAUAUGGCUGUCCUGCUCCUCAACCGUAGUAUCAGAGUCACGACAUACAACGUCAAGCUCGCGGCGCGUUUCAGCACACUUGAUGCCCUCGUCAAGCUCAUCGAGCGUCCAGGGGUUGCACCACAUUUUGAAAAAUCCAACGGGCUACUCAUAACCCGUGUUCCUGACCGCAACGGCAGACUUCAGGUACUUAUGCGCGAUAAUCCCCGCGUUCUGGCCUACAUCUCGACCACGAGCGACAAUGUGGCGAAAUACGUCGCUCUUGUAAAGGGGAUCUUUGCAAAGUAUCAGCGAGACAUUGCGAAAUCACGUCAAAAUCUGAUUGUUCGAACCAAGAAUCCCAUGCUCUUGCACUUUGCUGUGAAAGCGGGUCUUACUCGUGUUGUUGAGGACAUGCUUCAAGCCGGUGCUGAUCCAAAUGCGUUGACUGCCAUGAACCCCAAGCGUUCGACCCUCCAAACUGCCAUUCGCAAACAGAAUCUGCCCAUCAUCCGCUUGCUGCUGAAGAAAAGUGCCGAUGUGAACUCCAAGGGUGGGCGCCAUGGCUCCCCAUUGAAUGCUGUGAAACACGUGCGCAAUAAGGCUAUUCUGUGUAUGUUGAUAGGAUACGGCGUCAUCUAUGAUAGCUCAAUUGUCAACGAGUACGCGUCCUGGCCCGAGACGGAGACCAAGGUGGUCAAGGCAAACAAAAGGGAGCCGAAGUUUUCGAGCCUGAAAGCAAAGUUGCCUUCUCUUCCCAACAUCUUUGCACGCACAAUACAAUAUCUGCACCGCAAGAAGGGGUGGGAAGUCGCUUUGUUGGGCUUGAAAAAUGAUGGACGUUGA